CUUCACCUUUUUAGCCCACUCUCUCUCUCUCUCUCUCUCUCUCUCUCUCUCGGAAAGCUAUGGCAGAAUCACUCCUUUCCGGAAUCGCAGAGGGGGUGCUUGGGAAGAUUGCCUCCCUGGUCCUCCAAGAAGCCGUCGCCAUUUAUGGUGUCGAGAAGCAGAUUAGCGAGCUCAAAGAGACGUUGACUGCCAUCAAUGCAGUCUUGUUGGAUGCGGAGGAGCAGCAGGCGAAGAACCACCGUCUGCAAGUGUGGUUAGAUCGGCUUCGAGAUGUGUUGUUUGAUGCAGAGGACGUGCUUGAUGAAUUCGAGUGCGAAGCCUUAAGGAAGCAGGUGAUAAGUCGUCAUGGGGGCGUCAAAGAGAAGGUAUGCCGCUUCUUUUCCCUCUCUAUUCCACUAAUACUCCGUGCAAAACUCAGUGAUAAGAUCAAGGAGAUACGGGGGAGAUUGGCUAGAAUUUCAACUGAGAAAGAUCAAUUCGAUCUUACUAUGCGGAGCACUGACAAUGAUGUGGCACAAACCCGAUCACGAGAGAUGACUUACUCAUUUGUAAACAAAUCAGAUGUCAUCGGAAGAGAUAUUGAUAAACAAAAGAUAAUUGAGAUGUUGUUGCAGUCAGCAAAUGACAAAAACCUCUCGGUGAUUCCCAUUGUUGGACUCGGAGGAUUCGGCAAGACAGCCCUCGCUAAAUUAAUCUACAAUGACGACAGUGUGAAAGAGCAAUUUGAAUUGCAGAUGUGGGUGCUUGUUCCCCAAGACUUCGAUAUAAAGAAAACAAUUGAAGAGAUUAUUAAAGAUGCAACUGGUCAAAGCUCAAGUAACUUGAAUAUUCAGCAGUUGCAAACUCGUUUGCUAGGCAUUAUCAAAGACAAGAAAUAUCUACUUGUCUUGGAUGACGUUUGGAGCAAUGACCGCAAUAGAUGGCAAGAAUUGAGAGAUUUGCUAAGCAAUGGAGCUAGCGAAAGCAAGGUAAUUGUGACAACACGCAGUUUAGAAGUCGCUUCCAUGAUGGGUACCUUUCCAGCGCAUAAUCUAGAAGCUCUUUCUCUAAAAGACUCUAUGGCCUUGUUCAUAAAAUGGGCAAUCGACGAAAAGGAAAAGCAAUCACGCCCCAAUCUCCUUGAGAUUGGAAAUGACAUUGUCAAAAAAUCCUGAGGAGUUCCUCUCCUCGUGAAAACUCUAGGGAGCCUUUUGUAUUCGAAGCAUGAUGAAAAGCAUUGGACACGUGUGAGGGAUAGUGAAACAUGGAAGUUAGUGGAAACGAAAAAGGACAUUUUGCUGGUACUUAAGCUUAGCUAUGAUCAUUUACCAUUCCAUUUGAAACGUUGUUUUGCAACAUUUUCACUUUUACCUAGAGAAGCCAAACACUACAGCACAUUUAUUGUGGAUAUAUGGACUUCUCUUGGAUUCAUCAAUUCAACAAGGGAGACACUAGAAUUGGAAGAUGUUGGUGAGGAGUACAUCAAAGAGUUAUGGAAGAGAUCUUUGAUCCAAGAAGUUGAGGAAUACAUGGGAAUGUUAACAUUUCGAGUGCACGAUUUGGUCCAUUAUCUUGCAGCAAGUGUGGCACAACAUGAUUGCUUUAUUUUCGGCAUAGAUAACACAGAGAUUCCAGAAGGAGUUCAAUACAUUUCACUCGAUCGCACUACAUUAGAGGGAAAUCUCAAAUUUUGAUGGAGUCCUACCUUUUUUGAGAAAGCCAACUUCAAAGAAGCUACGUGCAAUUAUACAAGUCAAGCGUCAUGUUGAAGUUAUUACUAGUGAAUUUGCUAGAACAUGCAUCUUCAAAUGUAACUCCUUACGAUAUCUAGGUUUGGCAUUUGGUACUUUUGAGGAGCUCCCAAGUUCCAUAUGCAACUUGAAGCAAUUGAGAUUGUUAGACCUAACCAACAAUAAGCGAUUGAAGAAGCUUCCAAAUACCAUUUGCGAGCUACAAAGUUUACUAGAAUUAAAAUUGGGAGGUUGCUCAGAGCUAGGCAAUUUACCCAAAAAUAUGAAAAGACUCUCAAGUCUUACAGCUUUAACUGUAACAACAAAGCAAAGUAGUUUUCAAGAAAGCAGAAUACAAUUCUUGGAAAAUCUGCAUUGGUUGACAAUCUCUAUGAUUGCCAAAAUCUACGAGUGUUGUUUGAAGGAACUUGCCGACUGACUCGCCUUCGUAGGGUGGUAAUAGCAAAGUGCGAACAAGUGAUGGAGUUGCUUUGUUGUCUUGGAAGACUGGCCUGCAAUUUGGAGUCCUUCAGUGUCUUUAAUUGCUCGAGCUUGACUGCUGUACCCGAAUGGCUGCCCAAUCAUACACGUCUCAAAUUUUUCCAUUUGGGACACUGUCCCAACUUAUCAUCCAUGCCACAUGGAAUCCAAUCCCUCACUACCCUCACAGAAUUAUACAUCGAACAUUGUGGUGAACUGAGCAAGAGAUGCGAGCCCCAAAUUGGCGAGGACUGGCAAAAAAUUGCCCACAUCCCUCGAAUCAAACUUGAUUCGAGGAAUGUACAAUGGAAGGAUGAUUAGGUGAACUCCCAUGAUCUAUCUGCCAUAGCAUAUGGAUCUCCACAAGGAUUUGGACAUGCACUCAACUAAUCCUUUGUCAAUCUCUUUCAUUUUCGGGGAUGAAAUCCAUAGCCGUCGAUAUUGUACUUUUUCUUUCCUUGAAUGAGUGUUGUUCUUUAUGA